CGGCCGCAAGAUGGCGCGAUCCAUGCGACGCUGCUUUUGACGUUCGCAUAUGAGUUUUUUUUGGUUCCCCCGAGUUAGAAAAGGGCAGGAAGUGAUUUUUCGUAGCGCGCCGCUUAGGCCAGGCACGGGCGAUCGAGGAUGUGCCGUAAAGUGUUAGCCGCGAGGCGAGCCGUUCGACUAAUCGGUAUUUCGAUUUCGAGUACGUAGUACUUGGCCCCAUAGCGAGGCGCGCACGAGGUCCCGCGAUUGGCCAGUUUACGAAAACGACGAUGGCUCCGUGAGGAGAGAAGAACAUGGCUGCGACGCAAGCCGAGAGCCAACAAAACGAUGUGAAGCUGAACGAGUCCGUGAAAUGCGCACAGAAGCGUACGCAAGUCGGUGGGAAUAGUGCGAGUGCUAGUGCGAAGCAGCAGCUGGAUUCCGAGCCGGACGAUAAAGUGUCCCGGGGCGCGGCCCAGCUGCUUAAAUAUGUGAAUCGCGGCGGCGGGGACACGACGGGCUACGAGAUGAGUCAAUACCGCGAGGACAUUGGCGGACACCCUGCCGCCGCCGCCGCCGGUGAGGUAAAAUCGCCACGCGAGGCCGGGGGCGGCCAGGGGCCCCAGGAGCCCGUCGGCAAGCAAUCGGAGGUGCACGACGCGCCCGGCCAUCCUGGCCACCCGGGCCAUCCGUUCGCGUCGAACGUGAUACGCGACUACAGUCCGGGCGACGAGUAUAGCAACAACAAAUCCGGCGAGUUUCAAGUCGCGACCAAGUCCCUUGCCGAUUAUCCCCCCGUCGGCAAGCAGCUCCCGCCGGAGUACGUCGCAGCCGCCGCCGCUGCCGCUGCCGCCAAGCACGCCGACUUUUCCGGCAAGCAGCAGCAGCAACAGCAGCAGCAACAACAGCAACAACAACAACAGCACCACCAACAGCAGCAGCAACAGCAACAGCUCGACUACCAUGGUAAACACUUGAUGCACGAGACCGAGCGGGUGGCCCAUCGUGCGGCUGCUGAGAUGGAGGAGCAUUACUCCGCCUCCAAGAUCGAGUCGCGACUCUACUCGGCGGUCGGUGCUGCCAGUUCCGCCGCCAACUUCUCCGGCCAGCCGAGGUUUCUCUCCGGCCAGGGUAUGUCCCAGACCGCCGGUCCUACGCCUACCCUCAACCAGUUGCUGCAGGCGUCCACUCCGGUGCAUCGGUUUCACGGCAAUUAUCCUGGAAUGGGACCCGAGUAUCAACAGCCAUGGCCUAUGCAAAGGCCACCGGUUGUGCCUCCCGUUUAUCCACAACCCAGCCAGCGUCCUCCGCAGACGGGUUCACCGAGAUUACAUACAGGGCCAGGAGCACAGAGUUCUCCAACACCCAUGCAAUAUCAACAGUAUACCCAACGAUAUUCCUCUCCUACGAGACCUCACACACCUUACAGUCAUCAUCAGCUAAACUCUUACACGACGCAAACCAGUCAUCCUUCAAGCUUAUAUACGGAACAAAGGGGGUGGAAUCAAGGUGGUCCACCGAAUCCACCUCCACCACCGAGUAAUCAGGUCACUCCGUCGGGUCAGUCACCACAGCGUGCUUUGUCUCAGUCCCCGGCUCCACCACCUGCCGCGUCACCACAGCCACAGGCUACCAAUCAGUCCCAGGCUUUCCAUAAUCUGCAACAGCGAGCUACAACACCAAAUACUCAAGGAAUUGAUUCUGGGGAAUUAUCAGGACAGAAUAGCAACGACAGUUCGAAUGGACCAGCUUGCCCAGGGACACCAAAUUCUCAGGGGAUGAGACCUACCCCGUCACCUACAGGAUCCACAGGUUCUCGCUCGAUGUCCCCUGCUGUUGGUCGGUCUUUUUUACGCCAACAAAACGUUCAGAUGCCUCCACGUCCGUCGAGUAGCCAGUCGGAUGGUAGUGGACCAGCACCGCGCAUGAGUCACUCUCCUAUGACCACUCAAGGAGCAUACCAACAACCAUUGGGUCCUUCACCACACAUGCAUAGCUACAAAAUGAACAGCACUGGUCCUGGUGUAGUGCAACCGGGACCCGGUUCGACGGCUCUCGGUGGGAUCAGUCCAAUGGGUGGUGGGAUGGGCUAUGCAGCUGGUGGAGCAGCUGCGGGUCAGCCUGGAGGUUAUCAUCCACAAUCUACGUAUCCACCUCCGCGUCCUCACAUGCAGUUUCCACAGGGAUAUCCAACGCCCGCGAAUUCGCAACCACCUCCCAACAAUCAGUAUCAACCUCCCAACAGACCCAAUAAUUUGGUACAAUAUCCACCGUACACGCAUAAAAUGGGCUUUAACAGUGUACCGCCGGGAAUGCCACCGAGUCCGGGACCGCCGCAGGUUUACGGUGCUGGUGGCACUACCGCAAUGGUACCGCCAGGCGCUCCAGGAGUGCCUGUCAUCGGUAACAUGGGACCGCCAGCGAGCUCCAUGGGUCCACCACCACCGUCUCCUAACCACAUAAGUAACCAACCACCACCGCCUACUAGCUCAGCGGUAUCACACUUACAUACGCCGGCGGCCACGCCGCCUCUAAAUCACGAGGGCAGUCCGAUGCCGCCACCGAGUACAACACCGAAUUCGCAUCCCGCGUCUGUCCCAACUCCCACCAGCCACAAUUCCGCAGAUCUCACGGCUGAGACUUCCAACGAUAGUGGUAUAACCACGACCGCUUCAGGUACGUCAGCUAUAAAUGUCAUAUCUACUUCGAGUGGUACUGUGACGUCUGUAAUAACAACAGGUCCAGACGGUACGUCCCUAGAUGAAGGUUCACAGCAGUCAACGUUAUCUAACGCAUCAGCUGCCUCUGGGGAAGAUCCAGCAUUUACACCAAAAGUGCGGAAGGAGAUGAUAGGAGGAUACCAUAGCCAUCCUGCGACACCACAAAGCACUGUUCCGUCUCCUGGCGCUGCUAGCAUUAAUUCGAUUCACGAAGAAUAUCCCGAUAUGAACAGUCCUGGUUGGCCGCGUACUCCUGCUAGUCCUAAGACAGAUAGUCUGGCAAAGUUAUACGAAAUGGACGACUCGAUAGAGCGAAGAACCUGGCUGGACAAGCUGGUCAAUUUCAUGGAAGAACGAAGAUCACCGAUCACCAGCUGUCCUACGAUCUCCAAGAACCCCCUCGAUCUAUUUCGGCUUUACAUCUACGUGAAGGAGAGGGGGGGCUUCAUGGAGGUAUGCAAGGUGACGAAAAACAAGACCUGGAAAGAUAUAGCCGGCCUGUUGGGCAUCGGUGCGAGCAGUAGUGCUGCUUACACAUUGCGCAAACACUAUACGAAACACCUGCUGGCAUAUGAAUGUCACUUUGAUCGCGGGGGUGUGGAUCCGCAACCCAUUAUCAAUCAGGUUGAGGCGGGUUCGAAAAAGAAGGGAACUAAGGGAACUGCUUCCGUACCAUCACCAGGUUCUUCCAAUUCUCAAGAUUCCUUUCCCGCUGCUGGAUCAAGUAACGCUUCCAUGGACGGCUAUGGAAACUAUCAAAGUAGUUACGCAGGCGGCGCACCCGGUGGUGUCCCGGUGUCGUCGGAGUACACGCCUCCGCCACCUAGACCACCCAGUCAAAGUAGUGCACCAUCCGCUCAUCAAGGGAUACAACAAGGUAGUUACCAGAACACGGGCUCCUAUCAGAACUAUCCGCAAGAACAGUAUAUUCGGCCGCAGGCAAACGCGUUGUCUCAGCAAGCAGAGUUCAAUCAACCGUACUCGCCCAGAUCACAUUAUCCUCCAUAUGUACCGGAUGUCGACAGGGGAUACCCGGGUGGUAACAUGCCGCCGAACAACGCUACUGGACAGGACAUGUACAACAGAUACACCGGCGGUCAACAGGGCCCUGCUAGCUAUCCCACAGGAACGCCUCCUAGCGCGCGGAGCAAUAGCUAUCCGUCGGGACCGCAGGCUCAUCCGGCCGCUGUGCAACAACAAACGGCGACUAGCCAGCCUUCCUCGCCCUCGCAACCGCCAACUGUGUCGUCAUACUCGUGUCCGCAAGACUACUAUCGACAGGAACAAAGUGGAUACGGAGCGCCUGGUGGAACUCAGAUAUAUUCUGGAAGCGGAUCGGCGAACAAAAACAUGCCACCACCCCCUCCGGGACCUACUCAACCUAGACGCCACCCAGAUUUUGCCAAAGACCAACAGUAUCCCCACCAACAGUAUAAUCAACAACGACCAGCGUAUCCAGGAUGGCCAAAUACAACUAAUCAAUACAAUAGUAAUAGUGGAAACAACAGGGUUCAGUACCCAACUCAGCAGGCACCAUCGCCAUCGCAACCACCUCCACCUCAGCAACCGCAACAAGCCCAAGUCGUCACCGCUGCUCCACCCGCUCCAGCGGUCGCCGGUAUGCCUAGUAGUCAACAAUGGGCUAGCCAGCAAUCGAGCAGGUCCUCGUCUCAACCGUCUCUGAAUACUAUAGCGCAUCCGCCUCCACCAUGGGAUCAUCGCUACACGAAUCAACCGUCCCCUUUGUAUCCAACACCCGGGAGUCAUCAGAAUCAACUCGGAGUGAAUCCCAUGAUCAGCCAGCAACCAACGUCAAAGAGAGAAAUGACAUUCCCUCCGGAUAGCGUAGAAGCGAUCACGCCUCUUUUAUACAAGCGACGAAAAUUGGCGCGCGCUGACGUAGCGCCAGUAGAAGCUUGGCGUAUUAUGAUGGCUUUGAGAUCGGGUCUCCUCGCCGAGAGCUGCUGGGCCCUCGACGUAUUAAAUAUUUUGUUAUUCGAUGAUUCUUCUGUAAGUUACUUCGGAUUGACACAUCUACCCGGACUACUGGAUUGUCUGCUGGAACACUUCUCGCGUUCUCUCUCCGACAUGUUCGAAUCAUGUGUAAACGACGACGAUCGCUACUGUCAAGCCGCGGAUGGUCCGGAAGUAGAUCUCGGUGCAGUGACGCGCCCGAUCGAUUCGGAGGAUCGGACGAAACUGUUGUCGACAUCGAACUAUACGUAUCUUUCGAGGAGAGGUCGCCCCGUCAAAAUCGUCUCUCGGGAUGACGAUCUGUUCGUUUUGGACACUCGGAGGCCUUGGGAUCAUCAGGAGUGCGAGUCGGAAACCGAGCCAUGGCAAGUCGACGCAAACGCGACCAAAUACAUCGUCACGUGUUUUCAAUCUGAGGUUGGCUCGGUGCCUUUCGCUCGUUUGCUAAGGGACGAGAAACCGCCGCUGUUACAAAAGGAAGUUGACAGCACGGAUUUGAAGGAAGAAGCCAAAGCAGAUAGCGUCAGUGGUGUUCACGAGACGCUGGACUUUACCCACAAGUCCGGCGAGCUCGGCGACAAGCAAUCCAACAAAGAUAGUGGUGAACGCAAGCAGCAGCUAGACAAGAAGAAAAAGACGAAAACUUUGAGUGACGUGCUGUCGAGGAUCAAGAAGGAACCUGUAGAGAUGAACGAUCUCACGAGGGAGCUGUUCGAGAAGAAGAACGAUGGCUUCAAAAAAGAUUGUGACAGCGAAGUGACGAAAGCGAACAACAAUAUGGGCGAGCAUUUUGGCAGUGACGUGUCGUCGAAGAACGACGAGGACUCGUUGCCGACGCAGAAUGGACUGAACGAAUCGACGACAGCGGCGACGGCGGCGGCGGCGCUAACAGUGACAGCGAUGUCAACGUCAAUGUCAACGUCGACAUCAACGGCGACGGCACCUGGAAGCGAUAACACCGUAGACAAAACUGAAGUCAAGAUAGAAACGACGGAGGAACAAGAACCGGAAACGACGAGCGAUGAUAAGGAGGGACCAAGAUUAAAGAUAAGAGAUCCGGCAGGAACGCUAAAGCGACGGAGGAUAAGCGACUACGAGGACGAGAGUUACUCCAGGGACGAGGCGAGUCUCUACCUGGUGACGGAGACGCAGGACAGCCUGGCCCGUCGUUGCGUGUGCCUGUCGACGAUCCUAAGGAAUCUCACCUUCAUCCCCGGCAACGAGGCGGAAUUUGCGAAGAACGUUACGUUCCUCAGCCUGCUCGGCAAGUUGCUGCUCCUACACCACGAGCACCCGAUAAGGGCGCAAAAGACGCGUAAUUACGAUCGCGAAGAGGACGCGGAUUUCGCGGACUCGUGUAGCAGUUUGCAGGGCGAGGGCGAGUGGUGGUGGGACUUUCUUCAUCACGUGAGGGAGAACGUUCUCGUGAUGGCCGCCAACAUAUCCGGUCACAUGGACCUGAGCCAGCAUCCGGAGGAGAUCUCGCGACCGGUGCUCGACGGCCUCCUGCACUGGGCCGUAUGCCCAGCGGCACACGGUCAGGAUCCCUUCCCGACGGUCAGCCCGAAUUCCUCGCUGUCGCCGCAGAGACUCGCGCUCGAGGCGUUGUGCAAAUUAUGCGUGACCGAGUGCAACGUUGACUUGGUGGUGGCGACGCCGCCGUACUCACGAUUACAGAGACUAUGCUCGGUGCUGACCAGGCUCCUCUGCCGCAGCGAGGAACAGGUGUUGCGCGAGUUCGGCGUGAAUCUACUGCACUUCCUCUCGGCCGCGGACAGCGGCGUUGCGCGCACCAUCGCCCUGCAGACGCCCUGUGUCGCGCUGCUCGUCGCGUUCAUCGAGCAGGCCGAGUCGAGUGCUCUCGGCGUCGCUAAUCAGCACGGUCUCGCGGCUCUGCGCGACAAUCCCGAAUCGAUGGGUACCAGCCUCGACAUGUUGCGACGUGCGGCCGGCACGCUGCUCAAUCUCGCCAGGCAUCCGGACAACCGAACUCUUCUCCUGCAACACGAGUCCCGCCUGCUCGCCUUGGUCAUGAGCCAGAUCCUGGAUCAGCAGGUCGCUGCGAUAGUCGCGCGUGUGCUGUUCCAGUGCUCGAGGGGCACGUAACUCUCUGUCGUCGGUCGGAACACUGCUACGCUAUAAUUGCGCGGUUAUGUUAUUAACGGUGACGACGGCGACGAUGACGAUGACGAUGACGAUGACGAUGACGAUGACGGUGACGAUGACGAUGACGAUGACUACUAACUAGUACGACUACUAAAUAUUACUACUACGACGACGAUGAUACGACGAGUAAUAAAACGCACGCAACGACGCGACAAUGUUGUGAUGACACGACGUUGUGUUGGGACGGCUGCAGUGCGUUUAAAAGGCGAACGUGUGAGAAAAGCGGGAGAUAGACGUGAUACACGGAAAGAGAGACGAGGAGGAGUGACAAGGUGAGAGAGACACGCGCGCGACGUGAUAGUGUGCACGAGUGAAGGAACAAAAGUGCUGAUGAAAAGCCAUGGCAGCGCAGUUGUAGUUUUAUAUCGAUUAAACAGGAAGUAAGAAAGUUUAAUUAUUGGUGUUAGCGUGUAGGUAUACCCGAUGCGAUCUCCGCCCGUCGGUAUACCUUCCCCUUCGAUGAAUUGGAAUAAUAUCGAUAGUGUAAGAUAUUUCAUAGUUAAUGAAGGAAAAAGAUACACAAUACACACAUACACACAAAUACAGGUAGAAAAACACAUGAAAUCGACACGUAAACACACCCCAUAUCCAUACACACACACAUACACACAACACACACACAGAGAGAGAGAGAGAGAGUGUAUCACACGAUACGGACACAGAUCACACGCAUAUGUGCACGCGCGCGUGCCACGCGAGCGUAACACACACGACACACAACACAUACACGUAUACUUGCGUACGCAGUAAAAAAAAAGAAACGGACUUUCAAGAGACAACGGUCAGCUGCAUAAUAAUAUAUAUACCAAGAAUCAUGUCGGCGAACCUUAAUGGUGCGAUGUGGAAUGAUAUAUCGGAUGAUGAUAUAUAUAAAUAUUAAACGAUAAUAUAAUGCAAAUUUUUAUAUUUGCAUGUUUUGUGCUGUAAUUAGCGAGUAAUUAAGAUAUUUUGUAGAUAACACACUUCCAUUUGAAUCUUAUUCGAUUUUCGUGCUGCGGCUACGGUGGCGCAAAUAUACGUUUGCGGCUGUAAGGUCGCAAAAAGUCUCGAUUUUAGAAGCACAGGCAGAAACUAGAACUGAAGAAAGACAUUGCUAGAAGAGAAAAAAAAAUAAUAUACGUGUGAUAAAGCCGCUGAUUGAGAGGGAAGAGUAGAAGAGAGAAAGAGAGCGUGAAAGCGAGUAGGAGAGUAGGAGCGAGGAUGCGUGCAUGCGUGCGUACAUGUUUAUGUAUUUGUGUAUUGCGUGCAUGCAUGUAUGUAUCUAUGUAUGUAUGUAUAUGUUUGCGAGUCGGAGAGAAAGGGAAAGAAAGAAGUAGUAAGACAGAAAAACGGAUACAGAGAAAGAGAGAGAGAGAAAAAGAGAGAGAACGGGUGAGAAAACGUUCGAGUUAGAGAGAGAAUGCAGGGGACAGAGAUGCUGUAACCCUCCUCUAUUCUAAACUGACCCCUUAUUCUCGAAAAAAUAUCACGUACGAAAAUCGUUCAGUAUACGUAUAUAUUAUAGAUCUUCGUAUGAUGUAUAGAUUCAAGAAUAGGCCUCCGGUCCCUCUAUUCUGAAAUCCCCUCUCGGUACUCUUGUACUCUAGUAGCGGAACGCCGUCGCGUGUUUGUUCCGCGUGUUCGUUUCAUUCGCUUCUCCCAUUCUACGUACGGUGACGCGGCAGAGUUACUACACGCGUAAAACAGUGCGAGAGAGGAAUUCCAGUUUACAGGGAACAGAGACAGCUGUUCCAGAAGAUAGAGAGGGGAUCUGGAAUAGAGCGGGUCUAGAGCACAUGUCCGUCUAUACGUGCGCGCAAGAGAUGCAUGGAUGCGACGCGUGUGUGUUUAAUAUGUUGCGCGAGUGUGCGGUACGUGCAUACGGCGCUUCGACAAACGGGGGCCCAUAUGUGCGCGCAUCAACAUAAAAAAUGAUUUUAGAAAGAAAAAAAGGUGCGUGCGUGCGUGCGCGUGGGUGUAUGCACGGAGGAUGGGGGUGCUGGUAGAAAAAGGGGUGGGGACAGUGUCUGUGAAAAAAAAGAGAAAGAAAACACAAAUAUAGCUUGCGAAACUAACUGAUUAAUUUAUAUAGUCACUUAAAUUAUCGUUAAUUUUGCAGUAAUUUGAAUUUCUAGGAGAUUUCAAAGUUUCGGUGAAUUUUUCUUCUUUUUUUUUUUUUUUUUUUCCAAUGGCUUCCUUUCAAUGAGAGAUUUGAAAGUAGUAAAACUAACUGCAGUCUUUUUUUGGAAUAAACCUAUUUAUAAACGUAAUUAAACGCCGUUGUGAUAACAAAAAGAAGUAUAAAGAAAAAGAAACGGAGAGGCGGAAGAUGAGAAAACCAACCAUUAUGUAGAAGCAGAUAAAAGUGAUUCUGGGCGAUAAUGUAGAAACGAAUAUAUUAAAAAGAUAAAACAAGAGGAUUUUUAAAUUUAAGCUCGAUCGUGCCAUUAAACGAUUCUAAUGGGAAUAUAUUUAUAACCAAGAUUUUAUGCUUUUUCAAAGCGCGCAUAUACGUUAUUGUAAAACUAACAAAUACCGAUUGUCAGCUUGCACAUAUUUUGACGAUUCUUACGAUACAUACAUCUACCUAAUUGUAAAAUCCCACUCUCACGAACAUUUACGCAACAGUUGCAAGAAAAAGUAAAAGGGAAAAAGAGAGAGAGAGAGACGCAUUCGAACUCGUCGUCGCACACCUUCCACUGGUAUACUUCCUCGUUUCGUAGAGAGAAUGAAUUUAAGAAAAACGGAAUGAUGAUUUAGUUUUCACAUACGACGUGUAGCCGUUUAAAACGACUCGAAUUCUUGCGAAGACAUACGAUUUAGAAGCGUGUUGAGAUAAGUUAAACAGAACACUUUCCCUGGUCCCAGCUUCUCCCCGACCCCAAAGUAUCCUAUUCUAUAGAUAUCUAAAUACAUGUAGUUCUUAAAUUAUUUACUUUAGUUCGAGUGGAGAUGCCUGUAAGUGUAAUUUACUAAGACUUUUUGUAAAUAAAUUAUGAAAUAAACUAGACGUACUUUAUCCAAGACGAAGAUGCGAUCUGACUUUGGCAAGAUACAAUGAUAUAAUGAUGAUAAUAAUAAUAAUAAAAAAAUGUAGGGCAUUAGAGAGA